AGUAAAAGGAAACUCAACUAGCAAGAAUAAGCACAUCUCUUCCUUCUUCUUUGUUUCUUCAACUUAAGAUUCAUAGAGAGAGAGAGGAAGAUCAAAGAAUGAUUUGGAGUAAUGGGAAUUUGAGAUGGAUGUUUCAGUUUGGAUUCCUCUGCGUUAUGAGUUUGGGAUUGGCUUCUUCUGUUUCAGGAUCACUCUCCUUUGAAAUCCACCAUAGAUUCUCAGACCAAGUCAAGACGGUUCUAGGUGGCCAUGGCUUGCCUGAAAUGGGCAGCCUUGACUACUACAAGGCGUUGGUUCAUCGUGAUCGAGGUCGGCGGCUAACCUCCAACAACAAUCAGACAACUAUUUCUUUCGCUCAAGGCAACUCCACCGAAGAAAUCAGUUUUCUGCAUUAUGCGAAUGUGACGAUAGGGACACCGGCUCAAUGGUUCUUGGUGGCAUUAGACACAGGAAGUGAUUUGUUCUGGUUACCUUGCAAUUGCAAUUCCACUUGCGUACGGAGUAUGGAGACUGACCAAGGCGAGAGGAUCAAGCUCAACAUCUACAACCCAAGCAUAUCAACAUCAAGCUCAAAGGUUUCGUGCAAUAGCACACUCUGUGCAUUAAGAAACAGAUGCAUUUCUCCGCUCAGCGAUUGUCCUUACAGAAUCCGAUAUCUCUCGCCGGGAAGCAGAAGCACAGGUGUGUUGGUGGAGGAUGUGAUCCACAUGAGCACAGAAGAAGGAGAAGCUAGAGAUGCUCGGAUCACAUUCGGAUGUAGUGAGACCCAACUAGGGUUGUUCCAAGAAGCGGCUGUAAAUGGUAUAAUGGGACUUGCAAUGGCCGACAUAGCGGUUCCAAACAUGUUGGUUAAAGCCGGUGUGGCGUCAGACUCUUUCUCAAUGUGUUUUGGUCCUAAUGGGAAAGGAACAAUCAGUUUCGGAGACAAAGGUAGCUCAGACCAGCUUGAGACUCCAUUGGGUGGCACCAUCUCUCCGCUGUUUUACGAUGUGAGGAUCACCAAAUUCAAGGUAGGAAAAGUGACGGUGGAAACAAAAUUCAGCGCGAUAUUUGACUCUGGAACCGCGGUUACAUGGCUGCUCGAGCCAUACUACACUGCUCUAACAACAAACUUUCAUCUCUCUGUACCAGACAGACGACUUCCAGCAGAUGUGGAUAGCCCCUUUGAGUUUUGCUACAUUAUUACAUCAACUUCAGAUGAAGAGAAGCUUCCUUCAAUUAGCUUUGUGAUGAAAGGAGGAGCUGCUUAUAAUGUUUUCAGCCCCAUACUUGUCUUCGACACCUCCGAUGGUAGUUUUCAAGUCUACUGCUUGGCCGUUUUGAAGCAAGAUAAAGCUGAUUUCAACAUCAUCGGACAAAACUUUAUGACCAACUACAGAAUCGUCCACGAUCGCGAGAGAAAGAUCUUGGGAUGGAAAAAAUCAAACUGUAAUGAUACUAACGGUUUCACAGGACCUACCGAUUCAGCGAAACCGCCAUCGCUGCCUCCAUUGCCGUCUCCAAGAACCGUAAACCCUUCCACUCGUUUAAACCCUCUGGCUGCUUCUUCACUUUUUAUCAUUUGCUUCAUUUCUUUUGUAUGUUUGUGAUAGUGACUAAUUGACAUCUACUGUGCAAGAGCUAAUCUUAUUUUCGUUUUCUACCCUCUAAAUUUCACAUAUUAUUCAAUCCACCCCAGCAUUCUUCAGUUCUUAUCUUCUGGCCUCAUGUUUGUCGCUUU